AUGGUUUAUAAUUUCACGAUGCCACGAGAGAAGAAGCCCGCUGCUACAGUGAAGAAGAAUCGGACGGUGGAGGAUAUAGAUGAGAAGAAAAUAAUGAAGAUGUACUGGCAUAAGAAUAUGUUCUUACGGGUUCUGAAAGAGGUGCAUCCUAACAUUGGUAUUACUACCGGAGCCAUGGAGGAUAUGAAAAAUAUCAUAAGCAACAUGAUGUUGAAGCUUGUUCAAAAAUCUUACGAGGUUAAUUUACGACGUAAGAAGAAGUCAAAAUUGUCUGUCAAGGAUAUUAUGUUCGCUGUUAUGGAAGUCUUUCCUCCACAAAUGGCCAAACUUGCCCGCACAGCAGCUCGCAAAGCUCUAACCAAUGACCGUGUCACCAAUUUGGCUGAUAAAAUGGAUCGAAUGUCUAUCAAUAAUGACGACGCUGUUAUAGAAGCCUUUCCUCCACAAAUGCCCAACCUUUCCCGCAAAGCUCUAACCGAUCAUCAUGUCACCCAAUUGGCUCAUAAAAUAUGGAUCGAACUACGUCUAUCAAAUAGUAGUAAAUAG